AUGCUUGCAGGGCGCCCCCGAGUCGCGGCAGCUGCGGCUCCGGCCGGCAGCGCGGAGACAAAGGCCAACAGCUUCGGCAGGCAGCUGCAGCAGGCGAGCCAGGCCCACGACAUGGAAGUCGACCUCCUGCGGCGAGAGGUGCAGAGGCUGCGCGCCGAGCUGGCCGCCGCGGCGGCAGAGGCGUGCCCGGCGCGCGGCGGCCGCACCGACGCGGGACAGAUGGAGCUUGGCCCGCUAGCGCCGCUCGACGGCGUGCGGGCUUCGCCUCUCGACGACGUGCAGGUGUGCUUCGACGAGGCCCCCACUGGCCAGAGCAGCCAGAGCGGCCAAAGCAGCCGACUCUCGCCCCUCCACCCGAAGCGAGGUCUGGGAGAAACACUCAGCUCAAAGAUGCUGGCAAAGCAGAAGGCCAGCGAGAAGGGCGUGUUGUGGAACAUGACGCAGCACCCCCUGGGCGAAGUCGUAACAGCUGCAGUGAUCAUACUGAACGGCCUCACGAUGGCAGCAGAAGCACAGUAUGAAGGCUACGAUCUGGCUGUAUGGACAGGACACCACAGUGCCUCACGUCCUUCUAGCGAGGUGUGGCCCAAUGCGCAGGAUGUGUUUGGUGCGCUCAACUGGGGGUUUGGAAUAUUCUUCUUGCUGGAGCUAAUAUUCAAGAUUGUUGCUCUGCGCGCUGCGUUUGCCCAUGAUUUGUGGAACUGGAUGGACCUUUGCCUCGUCAUACUUUGGUGGACCGGAAAACUUCUCCAUUCGCUGGUCAAUGCACAGAUAUUGCGGCUCGCCCGCCUGGUGCGUUUAUGCCGGCUCGUACGGCUCAUCAAAAAUAUGAACAGUAGUUUCGAUUCUUUGUACCUCCUGACGACAUCACUCCAGAGCAGCUUGUCAGUUUUAGUAUGGUCGUUUGUAAUGUUGCUCGUGAUACACAUGCUGCUAGCACUCCUAAUGAACCAAAUCCUUCGCGCUGUGUAUUUUGAUGUGGGCGCCGGUGACGGUGGACUCGCUCCCAGCAAGGGUCAACUCGAUGUAUUCACAUAUUUUGGAAGCUUCACGCGUGCGUUUUUGACUAUGUUCGAAAUUACUCCUGCAAAUUGGCCAAUCGCUUGCAGGGUGCUAGUCGAGAACGUUAGUGAAGUGUUCAUUGUAUAUGCUGUGAUGCACAAGAUGGGUCGGCGGAUUCUGGGAUUCGCCGUCAUAGGAAUUGUGAAUGGAAUUUUUGUUGGGGAGACGUUCAAGGUUGCUUCAGUGGACAAUUCCGUCAUGGUUCGACAGACGAUACGCAGGCAGAAAAUCCAUUGUGACAAAAUGCGCCGCCUGUUCGAGGAGGCAGAUACCAAUGCGGACGGCAGGAUUGAUGUGGCAGAAUGGGAGGAAGUUUGCAAGGAUGAGUGGGUAAGGAACUGGCUGCAUUCGCAGGAGAUACAUGUGAGGGACGCGAUGACUUUAUUUGAGCAGCUAGACGACGGAGACGGACAGCUCACCGCGGAAGAGUUGAUCCACGGCACCGCAAGGCUCAAGGGUCCUGCUGCUAGCAUGAAUCUGACUAUGAAGAUCAACGACAUCGACAGGCGCAUACUAGAGAUCAACGACGAGUUGUUCGCGAACCGCUCCGUGGCAAUCGAGCGUAGCAAUCCCCGAGACUACGAUCCCGUUGACGUAUGA